UUCACAACAAACUGGUUAGCCCUGGGAAUUACCUAGCUAGGCAGCUAACCGGCGAAGGUUGCAGCAAGAAAAUCGAACACUGGGAACAGAAAGUAGUUAUUCGGUAAAUAAAUGUUGAUACAAAUGUUGCUGGCGGUAAUUUAAGCAACAGCUACACCACAGAGGACUUUGCGGUUUCCAGAGUAGGAGAAUGGUGGUUCCUGACAGUGGAAGCGGAGCUCAGCAGGCAGACAUGGGCACAGUGUCGGGGUUUGUAGACGAACAGGACGGCGUGGAGCUGGAGGAGGUCCGCAAGUUGCGUGAACUGGUGCGGCGUCUUGAAGUACAGAACGAAAGCCUGCGCAACCGGGGCAGCACUCAGCAUCACAACAUAAAUGAUAACGAGAGAACACUGCACGAGGACACUGGAACCAGCUCAGCAACGGACGACCAGACUUUGUCUCCUCCUCAGGAAAGUGUCAUGAAAGACAUGUAUCCUCUUUCUGAAGCCACGAGGCUAGAGGAUGAUGAGGAGAUGGAACAGCACAGCCCAGUUUUUAAUCUCCCUUGUGUCUCUGCACCAGGGCACACUCAAGAACACACACACACUAGCUCUUCUCCCGAUAGUUAUGACUUCGAGACAGUCUGUGGGAGCGAUGCAGGUGUGGACCAGUCUGCGCUGGACGAGGUGGAUGUGCUCGAUUUGGAUGACUGUGCUGAUAUCGGUGACGAGGACUGCUGGUUGUACGUGUCUCCGAAGAAGCAGGUACAAACAGAGCAGGGCCCGGAGUCUCCUCUGAAAUGGUGCCGGAAGGUGCUUGAUCACCCGAGCCCUGAGACUGAGGUGGCUUGCAGGACACUUCUGAAUCGUCUGGAUCAAAGCUCGAGAUGGAGGAACAUGUACAGCAGCCCAUCGCAAACCUCUGCGGGCUCAUUAGCCGAAGCCGGCUCAUCUCAUUCCCCUGGGUACCACAAAUCAACUAACAAAACCCUACUAACCUGUGGCAGCUCAGGUUACAUGAGCAUGCACUCGGCGCUGAGCUCCCAGUCGUCCAUCGACAGCGAGCUGAGCACGUCGGACGAUUCCAUCUCAAUGGGUUACAAACUGCAGGACCUGACAGACGUGCAAAUCAUGGCUCGGCUGCAGGAGGAGAGCCUGAGGCAAGACUACGCUUCAAGCUCGGCCUCGGCAUCCCGGCGGAGCUCAGCAGCUUCACUGCACUCGUUAAGGCGAGGCACGUACAGCGAUCAGGAGCUGGACUCCUACAGCUUGGAGGAUGAAGAGGCAGACAUCAUGCCUUACACACACAUCCACCGCCGCCACUCCCCUUCUCCCGGCACGUCACCUCGCUGUCCAUCACCAGCUGCUGGCACACGUGUGCCCAGGUGCUCGCUUCAGGGCAUGGCGCCAGAGCUCCUCAAAUUUACUAGGAGUGAGGAGGAGUUAAGACACAGCAUGCCUAACCUGGCCCCACGCACCAGCCUACGCUCGCUGGAGGCAGUGAGAAACAGCCGCAGCAUGGAGGCUAACCUGCACAGCUCAGGCAGUCGCAUGUCCCGCCUACCCCAAUCCCCCACAGGUGUGUCUACCACCCGAUUACGAGGCAGUGGCCAGUCACCGCUCUUGUUGCGGGCUCCUGUGAAAGCUCUCAGCCCUGUGGGCAGCAUGGCUGCUGUGCGGCAGUCUGCAAGAGCGAAUGCUGGAGCUCAGGGACAUGCUUCAGGAGCACGGAGGGUGCAGUCACCAGGGCCUGCCAACGGAGCAGCUUACGGGGCAGGAAGGACCACUAGCACAGCACCAAAACAAGCAAUAGGCAGAAGCAUGACACCUACUGCUGCAGCUUCCUCAAAAAGCAGGCUUGCCCAGACCCCUAGAAGGUGGUAAUGCAAAUUACAGACGACUGUAAUGUGACGGGGACAAAAAUCCUUGUUCAGUUUCAGACCUAAAGUAAGUAUGUAUCUUUAAUUUCACCUUGUGACUGAAAUGAUGGACAUAAACAUGAUAAACAUAAUCUCUCAUAAUGCAGCUUUGAAGUGAGCAGUUUUUUCCAGCCUUUAUUACUGACUCAGCAUAAUCAAAGCUUGAUUUGUAUAAUCAAUUUCCUGUAAUUAUUGCAUCUUCUCACAGCAGGUCUCUGGGUAUGACAAAAACCUCUGGCCCGAUGACAGACGAUUCCUGGAAGGAUGGCUGUUACUAAAGUAUUUUGCCAUUUUCCUAUACAACAUCCUUAAAACCCAAAAGCUGCCUUUAAAAACAUCGCAGGGACGUUGGACAUAUGGCCAGAAGAAGAAAGGCACAAUACACACCAAGCCUGGAAUGUUUUACUCCAGCAUGAAUCUCCUGCCCACCCACCCACCCAGUCAUUAGCCAGAGAAAUGCUAAUGGAAAACCUUUGAGACAAAAUUAUUUUUUUUUCAUCAGACUUUAAAGUGUUUUUUUUUUUUUUUUAUUAAAAUGCCAAGCUGCUUUAUUUGUAUAACUGGAAAGGUUGUUGGACAAAAUGUGCUGUAGUGUAUAAAAUACCUAGAACAUAUGUAUAUGUUGUUUUAAUAAGUUUUUAGCUCUUUAUUCAGAACAAUUGGAUGCUCUCACUUUGUUCUUGAAAAAAUGAAGGAAAAUAUGUAUGAGUUGUGAAAUUUUAUCUGACCCAUGGCACAAAAAUACAGUCUAUGCAGUCUUCCAUCUUUUCAAAAAGUAAAAAAAAAGUUAUAAUAAAAUUCAGAUUACUGGUUUCUGCUUCAA